CCGCGGGGGAGCUGAUACGAGCCGCAGCAGGAAGCGUAGGGGCUUCGGGGCCGCUGAGUGGCAGGAGGAGCCGCCGAGACCCGUCACCCAGGAGCAGGAUGUAUACGCUGCUGUCUGGACUUUAUAAGUACAUGUUCCGUAGGGAUGAGUACUGCAUUUUGAUCCUUGGGCUGGACAAUGCGGGGAAAACGACCUUCCUUGAGCAGACUAAAACCCGAUUUAACAGGACCUACAAGGGGAUGAGCUUAUCCAAAAUCACUACCACUGUGGGCUUAAACAUUGGUACUAUUGAUGUGGGCAAAGCCCGGCUAAUGUUCUGGGAUCUUGGAGGGCAGGACGAGCUGCAGUCCCUCUGGGACAAGUACUAUGCUGAAUCCCAUGGGGUCAUCUAUGUAAUCGACUCCACUGAUGAAGAGAGGCUCUCGGAAUCUAAAAGAGCUUUUGAGAAAGUGGUCACCAGUGAAGCUCUGGAAGGGGUUCCCAUACUGGUGUUAGCUAACAAGCAGGAUGUAGAGACCAGCACUACUCAAUGAGACAGCCUGUGCUACGGCGCUCCAUCGGAAAAAGCUGUGGAUUGCAGAGGAUACAGCCUGUUUUUUCUUGGGUUUAUAAUCUCAAAACUCUCUUGGAUAUCUAGAAUUACAGAAUAGACCUAUUGUAGUUCCAGAUCAGAUUGUGGAUACUGUUUGGGUGACAGUUUGCUGUUCUAAGGAAAUAUAAGACUUCACCCGUCUCUUUCCUUUUUGCAUAUGGUCUACCUGGAAUUCCAAUAGCUGCAGUACCACCUGUCAUCCUCUAGAGGGAGCCAGAUACAUUUAAUAGGCAUGUAGGAUUUUUAAGACCAGCUCACUGGUCUAACAGGUCUCGUAUCCUACUUCUGGCAGGAGUCAGUACCUGAUGCCUCAAAGGAAGUUAAUGCCGACUGCCCUCUGCCCCUGCGUAAAGCCCCUGGCUAGAUCCCUCAUGACUGUGACGUACCUUUCUGACCCCUGAACCCAUCACUUGAUGCCUUAGGGGAUUUGAUUAUCCUUAUUUUAGAACAUCGGUACAGAUGUUAUCACUCUUAAAUGUAACCAUUAAA